GGGCCGGGCUCAGUCUGGCCGCUGAGGGCUGCGCGGCGCCGGCCGGCCGGCCCCGCCGCCCCCCCGGAGAGCCGUGCCGUGCCGUGCCGUGCCGUGCCGUGCCGUGCCCCUCGCCGAGCCCUCGGGACCCGCCCCCGGCGCCGGCGGGACGUGCGCUAGGGCGAUGCCAAUGACGGCAGGAUCACCCUGAGAUGAGCCACCUGUAGCCAGGGCCAGCCCCGCUAUCAGGGCUCCUUGCCCUGGGAUGAUGAGGAGCUGUCUGCUGGCCUAACAGGAAGAUUUUGUGACAGUCAUUGGUUUUCUUUUUUUCUUGAACCUUGUGACAUUGCAUGUGACAGUGGAGCCACUUCCUGUGCCUGCUUUGUGCCACCUCGCCAGUGAGGGCUUGGUUGUGGGGAGCCACCACCAUGGCGGCAAAGCAGCCCCCACCGCUGAUGAAGAAGCACAGCCAGACUGACCUGGUGAGCAGGCUGAAGACACGCAAGAUCCUGGGUGUUGGCGGGGAGGACGAUGAUGGUGAAGUCCAUCGCUCAAAGAUUAGCCAGGUACUGGGAAAUGAAAUCAAGUUUGCUGUCCGGGAACCACUGGGGCUCAGGGUCUGGCAGCUGGUUUCCGCCAUCAUGUUUUCUGGGGUCGCCAUCAUGGCCCUCACUUUCCCUGACCAGCUCUACGAUGCCAUCUUUGAUGAGGAAUCGGUGAGCAGCAGCAAGACUCCCAUCCGGCUCUAUGGAGGAGCCCUCCUCAGUAUCUCACUCAUCAUGUGGAAUGCCCUUUACACGGCUGAAAAAGUCAUCAUCCGCUGGACCUUGCUGAUGGAGGCGUGCUACUUCACCGUGCAGUUCCUGGUUACCACUGUCUCCCUGGUUGAGAAUAGCCGGAUAGCCACAGGUGCCAUGCUCCUCCUGGUCAGCCGAGCCCUCUUCAUCCUCAUCAGCAUUUAUUAUUAUUACCAAGUUGGACGCCGUCCCAAGAAAGUCUAAUUCCUGGACUUUUUGUCAUGGGAAGGGUGGGAGGGGGGGUUUGUGUCGGUAAAUUUGCAUUAUAAUUAUAACUUUUUUUUUU